AUGGGUAACUGCAUGAGUUCGAGGGGAGGGGACGACGAAGGCCAGAAGAAGAAGAGUCAAGCAAUCGAUCGUGGCCUCGAAGAAGAUUCCAAGAAGUUACGGCGCGAGUGCAAGAUCCUACUGCUGGGUACGUUGGCCAUGAAGCUCGGCAAGUCGACCAUUGUCAAACAGAUGAAGAUCAUCCACCAAAACGGCUACAGUGUCGACGAACUGCGCCUGUACAGGCAUACCAUCUAUAAAAAUGUCAUCGACUGCGCCAAAGCUCUUAUCGGCGCAAUGCAACAAUUCGACAUCGCCCCAGAGAACCCAGAGAAUGCUCAGCAUUGCGAGAUGAUCAUGCAAUUCACAGUCGACCCAGACCCGAAUGCCCACCUGGACGCCAGAUGCGCUACCGCCAUAACUGCAAUCUGGAAAGAUCCCGCUGACUGUCAACAGCNNUUCUUUGACGAGGUCCACAGAAUAACUCAGGAUGAUUACUGCCCGACGGAAGCAGACGUGUUAAGAGCGAGAACAAAGACCACAGGUAUCUACGAAACGCGAUUCCAGAUGGGUCAACUCAGCAUUCACAUGUUUGAUGUCGGCGGUCAACGAAGUGAGCGCAAGAAAUGGAUCCAUUGUUUCGAGAAUGUUACAUCCAUCAUCUUCUGUGUCGCUCUCAGCGAGUACGAUCAGGUGCUCUUAGAGGCCAGUGAUCAGAACCGCAUGAUGGAAAGUUUGGUCCUUUUCGACUCGGUCGUUAACUCGAGAUGGUUUAUGAGAACAUCCAUCAUCCUUUUCCUCAACAAGGUCGAUCUGUUCAGGCAAAAGCUGGGUAAAUCGCCGCUCUCCAACUACUUCCCGGACUACUCGGGCGGAAACGACGUGAAUCGCGCAGCAAAAUAUCUACUCUGGAGGUUCAACCAGGUCAACAGAGCGCAUCUCAACCUAUACCCUCACCNUCACACAAGCAACGGACACGUCGAAUAUCCGUCUGGUCUUUGCAGCUGUAAAAGAGACGAUUCUACAGAACGCAUUGAAGGAUUCAGGAAUCCUAUAAGAUACGGCUUAGCUACUUGC